AUGAGUACCCUCAGUUGGAACUGUCGUGGCUUGGGCAAUCCACGAACAGUUCAGCAGAUAGUGGACUGGGUGUCCAAAAAGAAACCAGAUUUUGUAUUUCUGAUGGAGACGAAGGUGAGGCGGAGUCAUGCGGAGAGGCUCCGAGUAAGAAUAGGGUAUGAAGGCUUGUUCUAUGUGGACAGUAAUGGUUUGAGUGGAGGAUUGGCUUUGUUAUGGCGUAAAAAUAACAUGGCAAAGUUGCUUACCUACUCAAGGAAUUAUGUAGAUGUUGAAGUAAUUGUACCGGGGAGUGCAGCAUGGCGUAUGACUGGAUAUUACGGCUAUCCAGAGCGUACUAGACGGCAAGAGGCAUGGGAUUUGUUACGAACCUUGGCGAACCGAUCACAGCUACCGUGGGUUGUGAUAGGUGAUUUCAAUGAUUUACUGUUCCAGAGUGAGAAACGUGGGGGAAACCCACACCCGAAUGGUCUCCUACGCGGCUUUGGGGAAACCAUAGAUGAUUGUGGACUGGCACAGAUGCCCAUGCAAGGGUAUCCGUAUACAUGGAAGAAGAGGGAAGGGACGGAGGACUGGUUGGAGGAAAGGCUGGAUAAGGUGCUGGUAACUGAGUCUUGGAGGAGUUUGAAUGUGCAGGCCAGUGUAUUGAAUAUGCUGACGCGCAGGUCUGACCAUUCGGCUUUAUAUCUGGGAAUCCGGGAAGAUAUAAGGGGUAUGGGGCGGGGACCGAGGUGUUUCAGGUUUGAAAUGUCUUGGUUACAUGAUGAGGGGUGUAGGGAGGUGGUGGAGAGAGCAUGGGGAGAGGGGAGAGUAAUGGGAUUACAAGAUUGUCUCCAGUUGUGUGGGAGGAGAUUGACUGCCUGGGGACGAGACCGCUUUCAUAAGUUUGGGGCCCAAAUUAAACGAUUGCAGAAGGAGCAGGACCGGUUGAGGGGAAGGCGGGAUUUAGGUUCAUUGGCUUAA